GAAAAAACAACCUACAUUCGCAGCAACGGUGGAGGAUGCUCAUCGCCUCAGUGUUUCAGCGAACGUGUGAGUGAUGAUGGGUGCCAACGGUGUGUGCUGUUUAGUGCUUUUCGCGGCUCUUGGCCCGUUCGGCAGUGUGGCGGAUAAAUGGUGGGAGAAUACGGUCAUUUAUCAAGUUUACCCGCCAUCCUUUUAUGACUAUGACGGCGACGGAUACGGUGACUUGAAAGGAGUCGAAGCUAAAGUAGACUACCUAGCAGAUUUAGGAGUGGGAGCAAUCUGGUUGAACCCGUUUUUUAAAUCACCAAAGAUCGAUAACGGAUACGACAUCAGUGAUUACGUGUCGAUUGAUCCGAUUUAUGGAACCAUGGAGGAUUUUGAAAGCAUGCUCAAGACAUAUAAAGCAAAAGGCAUCGAAAUUAUCUUGGAUUUUGUCCUAAACCAUACAAGUGAUCAACAUGAGUGGUUUAAAAAAUCAGUGAAAAAAGAGGGUAAAUAUACUAAUUAUUAUAUUUGGGCGGAUCCAAAGGAAUGGGUUGACGAGAAACCAGUACCUCCAAAUAACUGGCAAUCAGUACUCGGAUCAGGUAACGCCUGGGAAUGGAAUGAAGAGCGAAAACAGUUUUAUUACCACGCUUUCUUCAAACAGCAGCCGGACCUCAAUUUACGAAAUGCAGAUGUUCUCAAAGAAUUAGGGGAUAUUUUGGAGUUUUGGUUGGAGAAAGGAGUCAGAGGGUUUCGAGCUGAUGCUGUGCCUUGGUUGGUCGAGGACAAGGAGCUGCGAGAUGAACCUUUUUUUGGAGUCUACACUCAAAACACGAACGAAACCUACAGGAUAAUUCAAUUUUUGAGGGCUGCGUUUGAAGAAUACGGGAAACUCUACAAAGAAGAUAUAUUCCUAACGACAGAAGCUUAUGCGUCUCCCGAGGCAGUUCUGCGUUACUACGGCACUCCAAAAAUGCCCGGAGCCCACAUGCCUUUUAACUUCAACCUCAUCACUGAUUUGCAUCCUUUUACAAAAGCUGCCGAACUUAACAACACUAUCGCUGGGUAUCUAGGAAGCUUGACGCUAGAUCAGUUACCGAACUGGGUGUCAGGUAAUCACGACAGGCCCCGUACCAAAUCGCGGUUGGGGUUCACCACAUCAGUCGACAUCCUGAAUAUGCUCAAUCUCCUUUUGCCUGGCACCGCAACUGUUUACUACGGUGAUGAGAUCGGGAUGGACAAUUACUGGAGCAUAGAUAAAGACCUUUGCCCGGAGAUAGCUCGCGGCGAUUUUCGAACCCCUAGCAGAACGCCUUUCCAUUGGUCCGCCGAGAAAAACGCAGGAUUCACCAAGGGUGAGAAACCUUGGCUGCCAGUCAAUCCAGAGCACUAUUCUGUCAACGUGGCUGCACAGAAGAAACCCCAGUGUAAUUUAGGCGGAACAACGCACCUACAAAAUUUCAAAAAAAUGGCUCACAUGAAGAAAAAAAAUCUCGCUGUCCGCAAAGGAAAGACAGCAACUUAUGUUCUGAACGAGCAUGUUUUCGCAUUUGCCAGAAUACACCCAAAAACAAUGACUUUAGUUGUUAUAAAUCUUGGUCCAACGGUGAGUGAGCCCAUUGACCUUGCCCAAAAAAUUCCAGUUGUCAAGAGAGGGACACUUGUCGAGGUUGAGGUAAAAAGUGUCAACAUGCCUAGUAAUCUCAGUGCUGCUUCAAUAUUUCCUGGACCAUUCACCAUGCCACCGAAGUCUUCAAUGGCUUUGUCCUUCAGAUUAACGAAGUUAGUUUCUCAAGUUAAAAUCCCUUCAACGUUGCCACAGUCAAAAGAAAAGCCCAUGAAGAAGACCGAGGAGAGGCCGCUUGAAAAAACUGAAAGUAGAAAACUGCCGUUGAAUAUGAAUUUAAUUCAAGAGAAAGACAAAAAUGACCAAUAAAACUGUUCUUCUUAGAUUAAUGAUUCCUUAAAUGCAUCAAUAAAAAUCAUUACAAUUUGCUUU